AUGGCCAAGGAAAAUUACUCCUCGACAACUGAGUUUAUCCUCAUAGGAUUUACAGAUCACCCAGUGCUGAAGAACCUUCUGUUUUUGGUGGUCUUUGCCAUCUAUCUGAUCACCAUGAUGGGUAAUCUUGGCCUGGUGGCAUUGAUAUUUAUGGAUUGUCGUUUUCACACACCAAUGUACAUCUUUCUGGGCAACCUUGCUCUAAUGGAUUCCUUUUGUUCCUGUGCCAUUACCCCCAAGAUGUUAGAGAACUUCUUUUCUGAGGACAGGAAGAUUUCCUUCAAUGAAUGCAUGGUACAAUUUUAUUUUCUCUGUCUUGCUGAAACUGCAGAUUGCUUUCUCCUGGCAGCAAUGGCUUAUGAUCGCUAUGUGGCCAUAUGUAGCCCACUACAGUACUACACCAUGAUGUCAAAGAAACUCUGCAUUCAGAUGACCAUAGGGACCUUUAUAGCUAGUAACCUGCAUUCUAUGAUCCAUUCAGGGCUUCUAUUAAGGUUAACUUUCUGCAGGUCUAAUAAAAUUGACCAUUUUUUUUGUGAUAUCCUUCCACUCUAUAGACUCUCUUGUACUGACCCUUAUAUCAAUGAAUUAAUGAUAUAUAUUUUUUCACUGCCAAUUCAAAUCUUCACCAUUGCCACGGUCUUGAUUUCUUAUAUUUGCAUCCUUUUUACUGUUUUCAAAAUGAACUCCAAAGAAGGAAGAUGUAAAGCAUUUUCUACCUGUGCAUCCCACUUUCUUUCUGUCUCAAUAUUCUACAUUUGUCUUCUCAUGUAUAUUCGACCAUCUGAGGAAGGGGAGAAAGAUAUACCAGUGGCAAUUUUUUAUACAAUAGUAAUUCCUUUAUUAAACCCUUUUAUUUAUAGCCUGAGAAAUAAGGAAGUGAAAAAUGUUCUGAAAAAAAUUAUGAGGAAUCACAUUCUUAAAUGA